AUGACUGUUGACACCGACUAUCAACAACUGCUCACACUUUAUGGAGGAAUUGUCGGCGAUAUGAAACAAUCUUAUGGGGCAUGGGACACGGUCGGUCAACGGGCAAAUAAGCUGGCAACUACACUUCGAGCUACAUCAGCUGCUCUUUUGAGCUUUUUGGACGCGAUUCAGUCGGUGAGCGACAUCGCCAACAAUUUGAAAGGUGCUUCGCGAGAUGUCGGAGCUUGUGUGACACGUGUUUGUAUGCGGGAAAGAGCCGUCGAAGCUCGAUUGCGAUCCACGGCCGACACACUAUCUGAACAUGUUGCCCCAACGAUUCUCCAACGCAUCAGCUACUGGAAAAAUCGUACCUAUGACUUGGAGAAGAACAACGCAAAGCAGAUGAAAAAGAGCCGCACAAAGAACCCGGAUCCGUCAACAAUUGCAAAUCAACGAAAUGCGUGUGCUCGAGCUCUGUCAGAGCAACGACAACAGUUCGAAUUCUUCGUGAAAGCGAUUAUGCCCUUUUUGACAUCCCAAGUGUCAUGCAUCGAAGAAGCGACUCAUAUCAUUUCGGCAGUUGACGGCCUCUCUUCCCAAAUGGUUCACACCGAUCCAUCGCAACUUGUUCAAACAGUUUUGUCGGAUUUAGUAGAUGGUGGUGAUUCAAAAGUUUCUCGAGUAUUAGAGGAAUGUCAUCAACAAAACAGUCUCCGCGGCGGAAGCGAGGAUCCAUCGCCGACUUGGAGUGCGGCCAGUGACAUUGCCUCGGGAUCAGCUGACAGCAUUGAUGGUGGAUUGGGUGUAUCGGUAGGUGUCCCAUCAACCACAACAACUCCCUACUACUAUGUGCCAUCAAUUUCUUCCAUCGAUCACGUCUCGCAUCGUUCACUCAGCCGGAAAUCGAGUCAACACAGUAUCGUUUCAAAGAAUAACAGUCUCUUCGAUGCGCCAGUGACAUUUCGGCAAGUGAACGACUCGCUCAAACAACGACCACAAUCAUUUGCCGGUGAUCUUCAGCAAGCGAAUGGAAUUAAUCAGUGGCAAAAUGGUACCUCCGGACCGGACACCCCGUAUGCAGCCAGUAACUACGCGCCGAUUUGCCACCAAAAUGCUCAUCAAUCAUUUGUAAAUGCGGGUGUUUAUAUGAAAAAUGGCUCUUGUUCCUCAUCAGAGGCAGCUUCGACGGCUUUUAUCACGGAAACACUCCAACAAAUCGAUCAACUUGGACACGAGUUGGACAAUUUGUGCAAUCAACAUGAUGCACGGUUAAAUGGAGCGCCUCGACCACAAUCAACCCAGAUUCCCCGGCCAACCCAUUUACCACCACCACACGCGUACAACAACUCGAUUCGGAUGCGACAAAGCUGUAACCGCUCCAGGCCACCACCACCCGAGCGUCGCGGCUCACAGUUAAGCGCAGGCACACCGGCGACUCCCUCAGUGACUCGAUCAAGUAUAUUGGGGAGCCAAAAUUCGUUGAACUCUUCCGCGAUGAGCACUUUUGAUCGAUCGGAUUUCCCGGUGGUCACCGAAACAACCAGCUCUUUCCACUCAAAGUACACAUUC